CGUGAUACUGCAUGGAACAUUGAUAAUAACAUGAUGAAAAAUAUACUAGAUGAUGUGCUUCCCGAUAAUUUACAGGAGUUAGUGUCUAUUAAAACAGAAGACAGUAUUUUGCAAGAAGUAUCGGAACAUAUUAAACGCGCUACAAGGUCAAACAAUCAGCAGGUUGGUGAAAUACAAGAGAAUAAUAUAGAACUGAAUGCCAAGGAAGAUGGAGAAAUUGAUGAUAAAGAGGAUCAGAAGGCGAAAUUGCAAAAGCAGGUUGAAACUGGAGAGAUUACUCCGUUUGAAGCAGUAUCUAAGCGAUCAAUUUUAGAGCAAAAAGAAAGAAGUACCAAUAAAGGCACUCAAUUGUUAGACCUUGAAAAGUAUUUCAAGCAGCAAGCUAUUCUUGCGGAGCAAAAAAGAAAAUUGAAGAAAGUAUCUAAGAUUCCUUGUGACAAAGAUCAUUUAGUACCAGCCAAAAAAACAAAAUUAUCCAGUAUUGACACAAAGACAAAUAAAAGAUACCAAAAAUCUAAAGCUGAGAAUAGAAAAAAUGAUAUUCUGCAAAUUAUAGAUGAGGCAGGUUGCUCAAACAUAACAAAUGGAAUUGUAGACAAUAGUUCUGAAAGCGAAUACAUUCCUAGUGAUGAUGACUCAGAUGCAGAAUAUAAAGUAUCAUGUGUAUCCAAAAAGAGGAAAACUUCGGCUAAAUCAGGAAACAUACGCACAAAGAGAACUCAAGACGACGGAGAUAGUCGAAUAUUCAAGCAAAGAAUGGAAACAGAAUGCUAUCCUAAAGAUGAAGCAAUGCACAAAAUUAAUGAUAUCUUUAAAGUGCCACAAUGUAUUUGGGAAAACUUAUACAGGUAUCAAAGGGUCGCCGUUCAAUGGCUCUGGGAAUUACAUAGUCGUAAGUUAGGCGGCUUGAUGGGUGAUGAGAUGGGAUUAGGAAAAACUGUGCAAGUUAUCGCAUUUCUCGCCGGUUUGGACUGUAGUGAAUUGCUCUCUCACAAUGGAAGAUACAGGGGAUUAGGACCGACUAUAGUUGUAUGCCCUGCUACUUUAAUGGAGCAGUGGGUGAAACAUUUUCACGAUUGGUGGCCUUUCUUUAGAGUCGUUGUACUUCACCAUUCUGGGGGUUACAAUGGUGAUCCAGAAAGUCUGAUAGAAUCUUUGCAAACCGGCGGAAUACUCGUUACUUCUUACAAUGGAGUUCUCAGGCACAAAGAUUUGCUCGUAUCCAAUCAGUGGCAUUAUGUUAUUCUCGAUGAAGGCCACAAGAUUCGUAAUCCGCAAGCAAAGGUAAGCCGUGCAGUGAAGCAAUUCUCGACACCGCAUCGAUUGCUGUUGAGUGGCAGUCCGAUGCAGAAUUCUCUGAAGGAGCUGUGGUCAUUGUUCGAUUUUAUUUUACCUGGUAAAUUGGGCACUCUGCCUGCAUUCCUGGAACAUUGCGCAACUCCCAUAACACGUGGUGGUUAUGCAAAUGCUACGCCAUUACAGGAAGCCAUGGCUCUCCAAGUAGCCACUAUGCUGAAAGACACCAUCAUGCCCUACAUGCUCCGAAGGACGAAGAACGAUGUGAAGCAUCAUCUCACUUUGCCGGAGAAAAACGAGCAGGUGUUAUUUUGUAGCUUAACGGACGAGCAGAAAAAAUUAUAUAAAAAGUAUCUAUGUUCGGAAGAUGUGUCCCUUAUUUUACAUGAGAAAAAUAAUCAUGAUACUGGAAGAUACAGAGCAAGAUUUCUUAUCGCAUUGUCAGCAUUGAGAAAGAUAUGCAAUCAUCCAGACUUGUUUCUGUACACCAGAGAAUUCGAUUCAGAUGAAGAUAUCACUUUGUCCGAAAAACAGUUAGAGGAAUUCGGUUACUGGAAACGCGCUGGAAAAAUGAAUGUGGUUCGAUCUCUCUUGAAAAUUUGGCAUAAACAACAACAUAGAGUGUUACUUUUCACUCAGGGAAGGCAGAUGCUUCACGUUUUGGAGUGUCUAUUGCAACACGAAGGAUAUACCUAUUUGAGAAUGGAUGGGACAACAGCUAUGUCUCAACGACAACAAACGAUUCACACAUUUAAUACUCACUCGUCAUAUUUCGUGUUUUUGCUGACCACACGCGUAGGAGGUCUGGGAGUAAAUCUAACCGGUGCGGAUCGAGUGAUCAUUUACGAUCCGGAUUGGAAUCCAGCUACGGAUGCUCAAGCGAGGGAACGCGCAUGGAGAAUAGGCCAGAAUAAACAAGUCACUGUUUACAGGCUAAUUACCGCUGGUACGAUUGAAGAAAAGAUGUAUCAUAGACAGAUCUUUAAAAUAUUACUUUCGAACAAAGUUCUUGAUGAGCCACGCCAGCGUCGAUUAUUCAAAACAACAGAUUUGGUAGAGUUAUUUAAUCUAAACGAGCCGAUAGAUGGCAAGUCUUCAGAAUCUGACCAUUUAUUUAGAGAAUCCAAAUUAAUGCCCGCAUCUAUCGGCUUUUCUCUCAGUAAGAUCGAACAGAUGAAAAGAUUAGCUUCAGCUAUCAGCAAAAAAAUAAGCGCGAAUGUAAGAUUAACAUGCGACAAAAAUAAGUAUGCAAGUAAUAGUAUUUGCGAGGGAAAACAACAUGAUGAACAAAAUAAUAAUUCGAAACACACCGAGACUCUCACUACGAAAAAUGAUAUAUUUGUGAACAAAACAUUAUCUUGCGAUCUAAUGAGCAUAUCAAAAUCUCCAGCCAGAUAUAAUGAAGAUUCGAAUACGAAUUCAGAUGCGGAUAUCGAAAGGAGUAGCAAUGUAGAAAAUAAGAAUACAUUUAACGAGAAUAAUCAGCAAACUAUAGUUACAAUAAAAUCUAUCAAUGAUAAUACCAUGGAAAAGAAAAAUAAAUCCAUUUUAAAUGACGAUAAAGUCACCUCACAUAAUGUACCGUCUGUUUGUAAACGUAAGAAGCAUAGAAGAGAUUCACAUUCGGACAAGAGAAAUAUUUCCGCAAUGUUUGAGGGAGAGCGUGUUUCUUGUCUGAUAGGUCGCCGGCUAGGACAUUCUAAUGAAAAGGAAGAAUCGAUUUCGACUACGGACGAUGAUUACGUAUUGAGAAAAUUAUUCACCAAAUCAACUGUCAGUUCCGCCUUUGAACACGAAGCAGUAUUAUCGAAUGCAUGUCAUAACGGCGACGGCGAGAACACGUUGCAGCGUUUCGCACGUGAAUCGGCGCAAGAAAGCAUGAAUUUCGUCCGUCAAUCAGGGAAAUUUUGCUGGAGACCAGCGUAGAAUAGACACAAUAAUUUAUAAUGCCAACUCUGCAUAUUUAUUUUCCCUUUUUUUUCUAUAAGUUUAAUUUUAUAUAUAUAUAUAUGCAAUUUUUGCAUUUCUUACAAAAAAAAUGCUGUGAAAAAACUGUAUGUGAUCUGAGUGUGUGUGUGUAAUAAGAUUUAUAAUCAUUUUUUUUUUUAAACAAAAUUUUUUCGCAUGUGUUUUGUAGUAAUUAAAUACUUAAACAAUAUGUAGUAAUUAAAUAAUUAAACAAUAUGUUUUGAUAAAAAGUAAACUAUUUUUUAUAAUAUUACAAUGUAUUAUAGUACUAUCCCUAUUGUAUAAAUAUAUUUACUUACCAAAAUAAUAUAUAUCUCAAUAUAUUU